GGACACGCAGGCUCAGCGGCCACGGCUCACGGGCCCAGCCCCUCCGCGGCAGGUGGGAUCUUUCCGGACCGGGGCACGAACCCGUGUCCCCUGCAUCGGCAGGCGGACUCUCAACCACUGCGCCACCAGGGAAGCCCUGUUGUUGUUGUUUUUAAUUGAAGUAUAGUUGAUUGACAAUGUCGCGUUAGUUUCAGAUGUACAGCAAAGUGAUUCAGUUAUACAUAUAUAUGUAUUCUUUUUCAGAUUCUUUUCCCUUAUAGGUUAUUACAAAAUAUUGAGUAUAGUUCCCUGUGCUAUACAGUAGGUACUUGUUGGUUAUCUAUUUUAUAUAUAGUAGUGUGUAUAUGUUAAUCCCAAACUCCUAAUGUAUCCCUCCCCCCACUUUCCCUGACAAAUACUGUUUUUAAUUCACAUAACUCUGUGAGGCAGGUCUUAUUUUCAUCCCCAUUUUACAGAUGAGGCACAGUUAGGUCAAGACACAAGCCAUGACUAAGUAACUCACCUCUGGAACCCCACGAUCACUCCUUUAACGUGUCUAAGAUUAUCACAAACAUUCAGAGAGAGCUUGACUUCCAGUCUCUGGUAACUAGUUAUUCAGACCAACGCUCAAGCUGAAAGCAACUAAAAAUGCUAGAACAUAUGCUAGAAAACAUAUUUUAAAAAAUCCUAAAAGCCACCACAUGCUGACAAGAUAGCAAGGAAUAGGUGAAACUGAAGGAAAAAGAGAACCCUGACAGCUAAUCCAGCAAGGAAGCCACUCGAACCCUGUAGAUAUUUGCCAAGUCUGGCAUAUUUGAACUUCAGUGUGAAUGGUUUUCUUGAGGCAAGAGGUCGGAAAUCAAAGUCCAGGGUCCACACUGGGUGGGAGAUGAGACCUUGCCCAGUGGUGUGCUGGUAAAUGCUUAUCACCAGCCCUUGGUGGGGUUGGGAAAGGGUCCUGAUGUAUUAUAGCAUUUGCCAAUUUCCAUAGCGUAAAUGUUCCGCCAUGGCUGAUUCAGAACUAUUGAUAGGAGGUCACUGAACAGAGUUGGGAAGCGCAGGCUUGGCAGUCAGCUGCAGCACAUCACUGACCCCACCCUGGGUACAAUAAGCAAAUCAGUCUCACUCACUUAGGCAACCUAUAUUGGCAUCACCUGGGGGUCCAGGGACCCACGAGCCCUGAACUUGGAUGUUGGUCAUCCUGCACUAGCAGUGCCCUCAGGAGUCCGGCAGAGCAAAUGUAAAGCAACUCGAGAGGAAGGUAACUUCACUCUAGGCCUCAGAUUAUCCCUAUAAAUAAAUUUUAAAAUACAAUGUCCAGCAAGGUCAAGGAGAACCAGACAGAUCACAAAGAAAUAGGACACCAUGAGUAAGAACCAGCAGAAACAGACUCUCAGAUACUUCAAAUAUCAGAAUGAUCAGACACAGACUAUAAAACAAGUGUGCUUUGUUGAAAGAAAGAAGUGUAAAACUAUCCACAGGGGACAGGAAACUAUAAAAAGUGCCGUACUACAUUUAUAAAGAACAUUUGUAGAGAGCCUUAUAGUUUAAUCGGAGAUCAAACACACAAACACCUUCGGGGCCAUGUGGUAACACAAAUGAGUACAGUGACUGGGUGACACAUUGGUGACCUAGUGAGCUCUAUCUGAGGGGCACAGGGCUUCUCGGCUCCAGCUGACUGUUGCCGUGUGGCACGUGGGGCCCAGUUUGCAGGUCUUCUGCUAUCUCUAGAGAAGCUGGAUAUUUGGAUUUCUUUGUAUGGUGGCAAAAUACACAUAAUGUAAAACUGGCCACUGUAACAAUUUUAAAGUGUGCGAUUCAGCGACAGAAAGCACAUUCACAAUGUUGUGCAGCCAUCACCACUACCUACUUUCAGAACUUUUUUAUCACCCCAAAAGGAAAACCUGUACCCAUUUGAAGUCACUCCCCAUCCCCCCCCCCCACAGGGAGCGGCUAUUAAGAUGUCAUCGAUAUCAUCGUACGUCUGUCUGGCUUUCUGUCUCUAGGGAUUUGCCUAGUCUAGAUAACUCAUAUAAGUGGAAUCAUACAAUAUGUGUCUUUUUGUGACUGGCUUCUUUUACUUAGGAUGUUUUCAAAGUUCAUCCAUGCCGUGGCGUGUAUCAGUACUUUAUUCCUUUUUGAUGGAUGAAUAAUAUUCUGUUGUAUAGAUAUGCCCAUUUGUCCAUUCAUCAUUCAGUACUUGGAGUUUUAAAUAUAUGUUCCCAUUUUUAAUUCAAAUAUAUGCUUUAAAAAGUUCUGUGUAACCUUAAGCAUGUAUCUGCUGGCCAGGUAAGUCAGAGGGCCAAUGGUAUGAGACUGCUGUCUUAUGACCCACUGUUACAUGUUUUCCCAUAUAAUCCUCACGUCAGGAACUUGGGGUUUGGGAUGAUAAAAGGACAUGCAUAGGAAAAGGCCUGCAGUGCAGCUUCCACUCCGUAUCGCCAGAAGCUUUUCUCCCCCAAACCAAAACCUCAGGGGAAAGGGCUUGGUUUUAGAAUGAGCGGAAGACAAACAUCUAGCUCAUGGCUGUGUCCUUGAACUUCCCUGGGACUCAGUUUCCCUCCAUGUAAAAUGACUGAUGUUGGGUUAGUUGAUCUCCAAGGCACUGGGCUUGCUAACGGGGUCAUUCUUUUUCCCCAGCAUCCACCUGGGCACGAAUUGGCUCUGGUCAAGAUAAUUUAGCUGCAGCUGAACAUAAGGUUGAGGCCCCUGGCUUAUCCUGGUAAUUGCAGAUUCGUGCGGAGCUGUCGUAAGGCACCACGGGGAAGAAACCAGCCCAGAAGUCCUCCUUGUCGCUGGCCAGUCCAUUUUACCUGCCAGGGUCAUUUGUGAGGUGGCAGCACCUGGGCUGAGCCUGGGACUUACAUCAGGAGUGACUUAAACUCAACUCGUGGUUCUCGAACAGAAACCCCAGUGUGGGCUCCCUGACCUUAUUUAUGGCGAGGGCAACUUAUCACUAGGAGGAAAGAUCUAAGAGCCCCUGUUGAAAUGCUGAUAAAUAAUCAUCGAGCUUUUACUGCGCCGAAAGCUCUUUCAUAAGCAAGGUCGGAUGUCUCUAGUGGUCACCCCAGGCACCUUUCCUCCCACCCUCGUUUUCCAAAAGGACGAAGGAUAGGGAAGCGACGUCCUAGCUCGCGUAUUUAAACCGGGCAGAGGGUCAGCAGAGGUCCGCGUUUCUCAACUCUUUCCAAGAGCGCCUCGCGUCCCGAAUCGGCGCCUUCAACUCGGAGAAGUCGGGAGCCCCACAGGAAACUUCCAUUACUGCAGACGCUGCCACACACCCGGGGCAGCGGAUGGGCUGCCGCGCUGGCUCCCCAGGAAUGCGCUCCCUCCACGGCCGGCCGCCCCGCCGGCCCGCCCUCUCCCGGGGAGCCCCCGGCACCUGCGGCCUCCGAAACCAUGUCGGGCAGGUCGGUUCGAGCCGAGACCAGGAGCCGGGCCAAAGAUGAUAUCAAGAGGGUCAUGGCGGCUAUCGAGAAAGUGCGCAAAUGGGAGAAGAAGUGGGUGACUGUGGGUGACACAUCCCUGCGAAUCUACAAGUGGGUCCCUGUGACGGAGCCAAAGGUUGACGAUAAAAACAAGAACAAGAAAAAGGGCAAAGAUGAGAAGUGUGGCUCAGAGGUGACCACCCCGGAGAACAGCUCCUCCCCGGGAAUGAUGGACAUGCACGAUGAUAACAGCAACCAGAGCUCCAUUGCAGACGCCUCCCCCAUCAAACAGGAGAACAGCAGCAACUCCAGCCCCGCCCCCGAGCCCACCUCGGCCGCGCCCGGUGACGGCACCGAUGCCAAGGCGGAUGAGACCCAGGCCGACGGGAAGGAGCUCCCCGGGGCCGAAGAUGCUUCUGACGAGCAGAAUUCACAGUCUUCAGUGGAAAACUCGAUGAACAGUUCAGAGCAAGUAGAACGGCAGCCAUCUGGAGAUGUGGGUCUGGCCGCAGAGACAUCCACAAUCUCUCAGGUACCUCGGUCGAGGUCUCAGAGGGGCAGCCAGAUCGGCCAGGAGCCCGCAGGGGUGUCGGGGGACCUGGAAGGAGUGCCACCCUCCAAAAAGAUGAAACUGGAGACGUCGCAACAAAACUCCGAGGAGAUGUAGACACCGAGUUCAGUCCUCUGAUCCACUUCUCACGGGAGAUGCAUCAGCAGGCCUAAUUCUAGAACAACCUCACCCGAGCGGAUCCCUGUUGGGUGCGAAGGGAACUACUAACUUUUCAAGUUUACCAAGUGCAAAUCCAAGAAAACCUAGAAUGGCGUAACUUCUCAGACACUGAAGAACUUCUUGCUGUGAAGCAAAACACUCGAAUCUUGAAGUGACUGUCCCGGGGAAGGCGGGGUCGACAGCUCAGGAGCGUCUGCACACUGUCUCUGAAGCCAAGAUUACAUUUGUGUUGCUGCUGUAUUUUUUUUUCCCAUUUCUCUAUUUAAGGAUGUAAGCUAUCUGAGGGUGGUACCGAUCAGGAAUUCGCUUUUUCAUCGGGGCUUUUCACUGUUCAACUGAUUCCUUCCACUUUCUUUUUUUGUGCCUUGUGCCCUUGAGGUGACCUCUGGCAUGUUUUCCUGGUUGUUUUGCAUCUCCCCUUGCAAGUGCCCUCUUGGUUCAGUUCAGGCAGCCAUUGCCCCGGUCCUCACAUCUCUCUCCUCCCUGCCCCAGGACUUCAGCUGGAGCGGACCAGGCAGGGACAAGGAGAGCCCGAGGCUGCAGAAGAGCAGGACCUCCCCGGCAGCCUGACUUCCCGGUCCAGGGGGCUGAGGGACACACCCUGAGCCCCAGUGGGGGACAGCACCAGCCUCCAGGGUCCGAGGAGUCUCCGAUGUCUGGGCACCGUCCCUAAGGGCUUCCGCAGAGCCCUUCGAUUGUCCUGGCACCUCCCCCUCUGCCGCCACCACACCGCGUCCUCCCGCACCUCCGAGGAUGGACUGGCUUCUGCCGCUGACUGCAGGGUUGUCUCCUUAAGACGAUAAAGGGGCGGAAGAGGCUGGGAGCAGACGGGAGGAAUAGCUGGUGCUGAACUUUCUCUCAUAGGACGUUGCUUGGAUUUCAAAUCCACAGUCACCUGCUGCCCUCUGCUCGCCGCCCUCCCCCCCAGCUCCACCCGUCCCCACCUGCAGAGGAGGCGAGGUUGCAGUCGGCCAAAAUCCAAAAUCCGCUUGCUUCUACAUACCGUUCCGACUCCCAGAGCCAACAGUUGGAUCGUGUCUCAUUCCCGGAUGCGCCGACGCUCCCAGACGCUGCCACGGGGGAGCGGGCCUUGAGGGUUGGACCUCGAAGGCCAGAAACGAGGCACGGAGCACCUGGAGAGCUUUGCGCUCCUCCAGAAAGGGGCAGCCGGGUCCCUCCCCCGCCUCCAUCCCCUGCCUGCACUGGGACAGCUUCAUCUCACUAAAAUGGAGAUGGCCCCCCCCCCUUGGACAAACUGCCUAAUUGUUGGGUUCUGAGGCCUGGUUUGCUCUUAAUUCCUACACGGACUCCUCAGACCUUAACCCUUUCCCUGAGCUUUCUUUACUGCACUGGAGUUCCAACUCCCUUUGAGUUGUAUGGCGGGGAGGGAGGGUUCGGGGGUUUGUUGGUGGUUUUAUUCUUUUUUUCUGUUUGUUUGUUUGUUUUUGUUUUGGCUAAUUGGUGCAUAUUCAGGUACCACCUUGUUCCCAUGUGGAUCUCUCUCCUGACCACCGUGGAGAGCGUCUGCCAGAUUCCAUUUCUAAGAGUGUCUGAGGGUGAGGCUCUUGUUUGUUUUUUAAGGGAGCCAAUCUAUUUCCUGCACUUCAAGAAGAAUCAAAAUGUUCCUGAAUUUCAAAUACCUCAUGCAAAAAUGUCUCCUGAAACAAGGGAAGAAAAAAAAAAAAACGAACUUUGAAAA